GAAACUUAAGUUUGAUUUACUCACAGUAGGUUAGGUUAGAUCGAACAUAAGUUUGAUCUACUCAUAAUAGGACGAGUUAGAUCGUAAUUAAAUUAAGUCGACGUAUAAUGAUCUAACUUAAACCAGAGUUAUUAGUACUUUACAUAAUAUGUUGUGUUAAAUGAAAAUUGAAUAAAAUUUGCUGACAAUACGACAGGUUAUCUCCAAAUCAAGCUGAAUUACGUUAAAUGUACUGUUAGAAGGUUCGACCAGUUUUAGGUUAUGUUAAAAUUCGGGUCAAGUUGAAUGAAGUCAUAAAUUGAAAUUUUGGUAAACAAGGACGAAAACAAAUCUCGAGUUAGUAUUCGCACGAUAAAAAUUGAUAAGUGUACCUGAAAAUAUGACCUAAUAGGAUGUAAACAAUUAUACCGAGACUUCAAUCGAUUUAGCAGCCAGCGUGGUUUGUCAUUCAAUGAUUGCGUCAAUGGAACUGCCUUCGACACGACAGAUGAUUGGUGAUUACCUGCCGACGUUAAUAAGAAUGCGUGAUUGCAUCGGUGCAGCUCUACUAAUUAGUUUACUAAGCCUCAGUGUGACAUUUCCAUCGGUACAGUAAGUUGUUCUGAAGCACACAGGGCAAAUAAUUCGUUACUUUCUGUGAUAACGUGAUUUGUACGAACGAUCGUUUUCUCGUUAGUGUAUCGAUUCCACCAAUACAAUGGAUGAUAUUCAACUUAGCAAGGAUCAAAUCGCACAGUUGAAAAUGGGUUUCGACGCUUUCGACCCUGAUAAGAAAGGUAUCAUCACCAGCGACACGGUCGGUACAAUUCUAGGAAUGAUGGGAAUGAAGAUCCCAUCAGAACAAUUGAAUAGUGUCAUCGCUGAAUUUGAUCCAUUUGGAUCGGGAGAACUGAGCUUCCAAGACUUCUGCGGCCUAGCAUCCAGAUUCAUGGAGGAGGACACAGACACCGAGGCGAUGCAACAGGAAUUACGAGAGGCCUUCCGUUUAUACGACAAAGAAGGAAACGGUUACAUCACCACCGACGUGUUCAGAGACAUUCUUCACGAACUGGACGAUGCACUGUCGCCCGAGGAGCUUGACAUGAUCAUAGACGAAGUGGACGCCGACGGAUCUGGCACGGUCGAUUUCGAAGAAUUCAUGGAGGUCAUGACAGGCUAAAUUAUCACCUUGGCACGAUGCGGCAAGCGCAAACGACCGAGACUUGCACGCGAAAACUGCAAUUUACUCGAGGAUGUAUGCACACCGUUGGCAAAGUAUGAAGUUAAAGGUUCGUAGGUGAUGUUCGUUAAGACGAACGAGAAGGAACAUGCACACGGUAUAGCUGAGAAAGUAUUUCUGCCUUGCACCUCGCUUUCGGAGUCACAAUCGGCUGAAAUGUAUUUCUAUCUAUGCCGGAAUUAACCGACCGACUCGGGGUCGUACAUAAGAAACUGGUUUAUAUCGGCGGAUAUAAAUUCAUGUUUUCAUCUUAUCCUUCCUGCUUGGUUCGUUGCAAUUGUUUUAAUCGAGUAGUUUGGCAUAACAAGGUCACCUUGACGUUUGUCGUUCGGAAUGAAGUGAUGGACGACUGUAUGGACUUUGAUGGGUUAGGGCAAAUUGGGAAAUUUGACGGCUGAGGGUAAUUCUAAACUCUCAUGUUGUCAAAUUUAUUUUGAAUGUUUCAAGUUUGCAAAUUAAUAAUUAUCAAAUUCUUAAAAUUUAAAAAUGAUAAAUGUUUUAUAUUAUGAAAUUGCAAAUUUAAUUUAUUAACUUGAAACUACAAGUUUGUUAUUUACUAACUUACCAAGCUGUCGGAUUCCCAACCUAUUAAAUUUCUGGAUUUCCCAGGACUUGAAUAUCCAAAUGAUCACGUGACCAAAUAACCAGGUGACCAGAUGAUCAAAUGACCAAAUCACCCAGUGACCAAAUGACCAAAUGACCAAAUCUACACACCCACAAAUCCACUAAACCCCAAAACCCCAGCUUUCGAAAUCUCCAAAUUUUCAAAUCCCCAGAUCCUCAAAUCCCCAGAUCCUCAAGUCACUAAACCCUCAAAUUCUCAAAUCUCCAAAUCUCCAAAUCUCCAAAUCUUCAAAUCCCCAAAUCUUCAAAUUUCCAAAUCUUCAAAUCUUUAAAUCUUCAAAUCUCCAAAUCUCCAAAUCCCCAAAUUUCCAAAUCCCCAAAUCUCCAAGCUUCCAAUUUCCUAAAUCUCCAAACUCUCAAACUACCAACUUCCCAAAUUUAAAAUUCGUUCGCUAAAAACUUUAUCUGCACAUAAAAUAAUAUAUCAAGUAAAAUGAACUAUAAUAUGUAUCGACCGUAAUAAAAUAUAUCUAACGUAACAAAAUAUAAUCAGUCCUAAGUGUAAAUGACCUUGCAGGCGAGGAUUAAAAAGAGACUGAAAGAUCGAAGUUCGGUGAUAUACCAAGUGUAAACUUUACACUUUGCCCACGAUACAUACAAUCAAUUUGUAAGCAACGAUUAUAUUAUUAAUAAACUGUACCUAUGUAAGACAACGUAAAAAUACGAGAAGAAUAAUAAAAACGCAAAAAAAUAGCAAAGAUAA